AGAUGCAGUCGCUGUUCGCCAUCCUUGGCGACAGAUUGGCCCUGUGUAAACGUUAUCAGUGCAGGGUAACCUGUUACUGGUGACAGUCUACGACGACAAAUGAUCGAGACCCUCGCGCAGCAUACCCGGGUCAGAUUGGGAGGAAGACGACCGGCGCAAUGAUGGGACAGUUUUCGGGGGUAUGGUGCCGGAGUUUGGUCAUCCUCUUGUUUCUCGGUUUGCAGUUCCCGGCCACGGCGGCACGAGGUUCCAGGAGUGAUGCUCUGCAGCUUGGCACAUCAGGGACCCUCCCCCACUUCCUGCAGGAGCCCGAUGAUGCCUACAUCAUCAAGAGCAACCCCAUCAAGCUCAAAUGCCGGGCCCGCCCCGCCCUGCAGAUCUUCUUCAAGUGCAAUGGGGAGUGGGUCCACCAGAGCCAGCACCAGUCUCAGGAACACACCGACCAGGGCACAGGGCUGAAGAUCCGGGAAGUCAUGAUCAACGUGUCCCGUCAGCAGGUGGAGGACUUCCACGGCCCUGAGGACUACUGGUGUCUGUGUGUGGCCUGGAGCCACCUGGGUACCUCUAAGAGCCGCAAAGCCACCGUACGCAUCGCCUACCUGAGGAAGAACUUUGAGCAGGACCCCCAGGGGAGGGAGGUGCCCAUUAAAGGCAUGAUUGUACUACACUGCCGUCCACCAGAGGGAGUGCCUGUCGCAGAGGUGGAGUGGUUGAAGAAUGAGGAGCCGGUGGGCUCGGAUGGGAAUAUCGACACGCGGGCGGACCACAACCUGAUCAUCCAGAAGGCGCGUUUGUCUGACUCGGGAAACUACACAUGUCUGGCCAGCAACAUCGUGGCCAAGAGACGCAGCCUCACCGCCACUGUGGUCGUAUUUGUGAACGGAGGGUGGUCAUUGUGGACAGACUGGUCCGCCUGUAACGUGCGCUGUGGGCGAGGGGUCCAGAAACGCUCCCGUACCUGCACCAACCCCGCCCCUCUCAACGGGGGCACCUUCUGCGAGGGCAUGUCUGUCCAGAAGAGUACCUGUAAUGCCCUCUGCCCAGUGGAUGGUGGCUGGGGAGAGUGGACAGAUUGGACGGUGUGCAGUGCGGAGUGUUCGAGGCAGCGCAGCAGAGAAUGUACAGCCCCGGAGCCUAAACAUGGAGGCAGGCUUUGCAACGGGGCCGCCCUGGGAACAGAUAACUGCACCGGGGGCCUCUGCACUCAGAAUCGAAAGCUGCUACACGACGCCAAGCCACGGGGUCUGGAGGUUAGCAGUGACGUAGCGCUGUAUUCGGGCCUGGCGGCAGGGGUGGUGACUGUGGUGGUGUUGAUUGUGGCAGUGACCCUCUACCGGAGGAACCAGAGCGAGUACGGUGUGGACGUCAUUGACUCCUCCGCCCUCACUGGGGGCUUUCAGUCCUUUAGCUUCAAGACCGCCUGCCAAGGCAACCCCCUGUUGAUCAACUCAUCCCAGCAGCCGGACCUAACGGUGUCACGGACCUACACCAGCCCCAUCUGCUUCCAGGACUCCAUGGAUAAAGAACUCAUAUCUCAGGAGCCUUCGCUCUUCGACCCCCUGCCCGACCUCAAGGUCAAAGUUCACUCCUCUUUCAUGGUGUCCCUGGGCGUAUCAGAGAGGGGGGCCGAGUACCACAUCCAGAAAGCCCACCCCCAGACCUUCCCCCGGGGACUGGCGCCCGACUACAGCGGUGUGGGGUUGGAGGGGACGCUGAGAGGAAGGAGGGAGAAGACCCUCCUCGGCCCCCUUGCACCGUCUACGCCAUCCAGGCCCCCGCUCAGGACGGCCGGGGUGUUCGGACACGCGGGAGGGAGGCUGGUGGUGCCCAAUACAGGCGUGAGUCUGUUGGUGCCCCAUGGAGGGAUAGCUGUGGACACUACCUGGGAAAUGUACAUGGUCAUCAACCAGGAGGACAGCAGCAGCAGCACCCUAUCAGAAGAGAGACAGGAGGUCCUGCUGAGUCCAGAGGUCACGUACGGUCCGCUGGGCCUUGACCUCUCCUGCCCCGUCGCCAUGACGAUAGCCCACUGCGCUGAGGUUGCCGCCGAUAACUGGAGCAUCCGCCUCAAGAGGCAGACACAGGAUAACAAGUGGGAGGAAGUAAUGUCGGUGGAGGAGGAGAGCACUUCCUGCUACUGUCUGCUGGAGGCUCAGUGCUGCCACCUGCUGUUGGAGCACCCAGGGCGCUACGCCCUGGUGGGGGAGCCUCUGAGCCAGGAGGCUGUGAAGAGGCUGAGGUUGGCCGUGUUCGGUAGUGCAGACAACACCAAUCCACUGGGAUACAGCCUCAGAGUGUACUGUGUCGACGACACCCCCUACGCAUUCCAGGAAGUGGCGUCGGCCGAGCGGGUGAGGGGUGGUUGUCUCCUGGAGGAGCCCAAGACGCUGCUGUUCAGGGGGAACUCCCUCAGCCUACAGCUUUCCAUCCAGGACGUCCCCCAGUUCCUCUGGAGCAUCAAGCCUUUCACCACCUGCCAGGAGUUCUCAUUCUCUCAGGUGUGGGCUAGUAACCAGCACCCCCUGCAGUGUGCCUUCUCAUUGGAGCGUUACAGCCCCGCCUCCUCCCAGCUGUCCUGUAAGAUCAGUGUGCGCCAGGUCAAAGGUCAGGAGCAAAUCCUCCAGGUCUACACCUCCGUAGUCGAGAGUGAAAAGGAGGUUGUACCCUUCUUCACUCAGUCGGACUGUACCAUCACAUCACAGAUGGGGUCCAGGGCUUUCAAGAUCCCACUUUCCAUCCGCCAGAGGAUCUGUGCCACCUUCGACACAGCCAACGCCAAGGGCAAGGACUGGCAGCUGCUUGCACAGAAACUCUGCAUAAACAGGAACCUGUGUUUCUUUGCGCGUCAGGAGAGCCCAUCGGCGGUGAUCCUCAGCCUGUGGGAGGCCCAGCACCAGGACACAGGGGACCUGGACUCUCUGGCCAGCGCUCUGGAGGAGAUCGGCAAGGUCCACUCCACCCACUCCACCUCCAAUAGGACCAGCACGCAGACCACCACAGGGACCACCACAAAGACCACCGCUACCCUGGGCCGCAGUACUGAGGAGCUGGAUGCUGAGUUUACCUAACUAGGGGAGGGAUGAACGGAUGAACUGGAGCCCCAGCAAAGGAUCACAAGGCUGGGAAUGAACUAGCCAAAACAGGGGAGACCAGGCCACAGGCACAGUGGAGGAGGUCAUACAGAAGACUCCAGUCAGGGGAGGAUUGGACAGAGAGCAGACAUGACUAAGUACUACAGGGGAACUAAUUAACUACUUUAACUAAAGUCAGACCACCAGGCUGAAUGGAGGGGUAAGAGGGACAAGAUGAUAGGAGAACAAGAGAUGCUGGAGGGGAAGGGUAUA